UGAACAUUUGAUGAUUUCAGAAAGUGUUAGUACAACAAUGAGGAUUACGCUACUUCUUCUUAUCUGCAGUCUGACAAUAGUUAAUGUGGAUGCCUUUGACUUUAUGCGAAUGGGGCAUUAUCUAGGUUAUGUUGGCUGUUAUGUUGACAAAAGUCAGAGAUUGUUGGCGCGAUUUGCAGGUGAAGGUAAUAUGAGUCUAGGGAAGUGUAGACAUCUCUGCAGGGGAUAUAGAUAUCUUGGACUACAGUAUGGCAAGCAGUGCCUUUGUGGUAACUAUCUCAACCAUCGGGCUUAUCCACAAUCAUCAGAGUUACAAUGUAACAUGGUAUGCACUUCAGAACCACAUAGGAUGUGUGGUGGACCAUGGAGAAAUUCGAUCUACAGAGUUUAGUGAUUUGAGCGACAAAGAAAAGAUUGAACCUUCCUUCACUUGUUAUUCUAAAUAAAAUAUAAUUAUGC